AUGCUUUCACUGCACUCGCCAUGGACAGAGCACUGGAAAGCUAUUGUGCUUGGUACCGGAAGUUUAGUCACUUUCCUUUGGAUCCGUCGCGAAGUUUCAAAGCCCUGGGCACCCCUUUGGGCUGAGUGGGUGCUUGCUCAGAUCCUUUGGCAAGAUGGAAUCCGGCGCAUAUUCGUUCCCUCGGCCGAGGAUGGAACGCUCUCCUUGAGUUUUUGGGAGAGGUUUCGACGAGUCGCAGAGCUCCGGGCAAUCCUGGCCCUUGAGAGAUUUCACCAGAUCGAUGCUGCGAGGCGAACUGCUAACGGUGAGAAUGGCUGGGGUAAAACGACGGGUACCCAUCACAUGCAGCACUUGCCUGGCCUCGUUUUCCGCGGUGAAGACCAAGAUAUAGUGCGAGAGGCGCUUCAGCGCAGCGCGCGGAUCUUUCAGGAUGCCACAGAAGCUUUCCGCUUACAUCAGGAUUGGGAAAGGACGCCAAUUUUGAAGGAUUUAGUCCUCGUGGGUGGAGGCCACUCCCAUGUGAACGUUCUGCGAAUGCUCGGAAUGGAGCCCUUGCCUGGAGUGCGCGUGACGCUGGUGACGCGUGAUGUGGAAACUCCUUACAGCGGCAUGCUGCCCGCACAUGUGGCCGGCUUGUACACUCGCCGUGAGUGUCACCUGGACCUGAAUGUUCUAGCACGUUUUGCGAGAGUUCGGCUGGUUCAUGCCACGGCUGUGAGCAUUGAUCUUCAGAAGAAGCAUGUGAAUCUGGAAGGAGACCGGCCCCCCAUUGCUUAUGACGUACUGUCAAUCAAUAUCGGAUCGGCUCCGAGGGUCCAAGUAGAUGCCUCCACGGAGGGCAUAACUCCAGUCAAGCCAAUCGAUGGCUUUGGUGCUCGCUGGGAUGACUUGUUGGCCAGAGUGCCUUCCUGGACAGGCUCGCGUCGCCUGCUGGUGGUCGGUGGAGGUGCCGGUGGGUUUGAGCUGGCUGCCACCAUGCGUGCCCGGCUGACCAGCGAGCUGGAGCGCUUAAACAGCACAGCCCGAAUCACCGUUGGUCUUGUGACACGGAGCGGGCUCUUGCCCCAGCACACGGCCGGUGCACGCUGCCUGGCCGAGAAGGCCUUGAAGCAACGAGGCAUCGAAGUCCACACGGGCUACGAUGUGACUCGUGCAGAAGCGGGGGUACUGCACUGCAGCGAUGGCAAAACUCUGACAUACGAUGAUUGUAUCUGGUGUACGCAAGGCUCUCCACAGAGCUGGGUGGCUUCAUGCGGGCUCUGCACUGACAAAGAGGGCUUUCUGCUAGUCGAUCAGCAGAUGAGGUGCAGGCCCAAAGAUGCCACACUCGACAUCGGCCACGUCUUUGCAGGUGGGGACAUUGCAUCCGUGGAGGGUCACCCACGGCCGAAGGCAGGCGUUUUUGCAGUGAUGGCCGGCAUGGUUCUCUGGAUAAACAUCCGAGCCAGCCUGACCUGCGAGAAGUUGGUGACUUACUGGCCGCAACACUCUUUCCUGGGGCUCCUAAACUUGGGCGAUGGGACCUGCAUUGCAUCCAGGGGAAGCCUGGCAACUGAAGGGGCUUGGUUGUGGGGGCUGAAGGACUGGAUUGACAGGCGUUGGAUGUGGAACUACUUCGAGGGCUUGCCGGAAAUGCCGGCAUCUCUCGAUGCUCUCAGCCCAGCAGGCCUCGCAGUGGCCAGGGCAGCUGGAGCAACGGCCGACCUGCUCAAGCAUUCAAUCAUGAGAUGUGGCGGUUGCGGAGCAAAGGUGGGUGCCACCACACUAGAGAGAGCCAUGUCCCGAGUGGACUUCCCCAAACAGCCAGGGGAUGCAAAGGCAGAGGUUGUCAUUGGAACCGGGGACGAUGCAGCAGUCGUGGAUCUAAUCACAGAUGGUGGAGAUAAAGUGUCAUCGGUCCAGACGAUAGACUUCUUCCGCAGCUUUAUUGGAGAUCCGUACCAAUUCGGACGCAUUGCAGCUGUGCAUGCUCUCAGUGACUGUGAGGCGAUGGGUGCUAUGCCGCAAACUGCAUUGGCCUUGGUUCAGGUUCCCUUCGCUUCUGAAGACAAGCAGGAGGAGGACUUGGUGCAGCUCAUGGCUGGGGCAGCUUCCGCGCUGAGAAGGGUAAAUUGUGCCCUUGUUGGUGGGCACACGUGCGAGUCCCGAGAAUUGGGAUUGGGCUUCGCUAUUUCUGGGCGCUUGCCCGGUGGCAGCACAACGGCCAUGACCAAAGUAGCCAUGAGGGCUGGGGAUGUGCUGAUCCUCACGAAGCCUUUGGGGACAGGUACUCUCUUUGCUGCUGACAUGCGCGCGAAAGCCAGGGGUCCUUGGAUCGCCGCAGCAUUGAAAAGCAUGGAAAGAUCCAACAGGGAGGCUGCCGCGUGUCUCAGAGCUCAUGGCGCCCUAGCAUGUACUGACAUCACCGGCUUCGGCCUCGUCGGCCACCUUCUAGAAAUGUGCCGGCACUCCGGUAUGCAGGCUUCACUGGAGCUGUCGAAGAUUCCAGUGUAUGAUGGAGCCCUCGAUUGUCUCAAGAUGGGGAUCGAGAGCUCGCUGCAGCCUGCUAAUGUGAGACUCCGCAGAGCAGUCGCGAACCACGAGGAGGUUCGAGGCCGCCUCGAGUACUUGAUGCUUUUCGAUCCUCAGACGUCUGGUGGUUUGCUGGCCGCAGUCCCUCCCCCGAAAGCGGAAGCCUGUGUCUCCGAGUUGCGAGCAUCUGGUGCUGCACCCAGCGCAGCGAUUAUUGGAUCGGCUACCGCGACGGCAAGUCCUGAUUCGGAGCUCAUUACCGUCAAAGUGUAA